CUCUGGGCCCUCACGAAAGCUGUGGUUCUGACUGGGAACAUACUGGGACUGUGUGUUCAGACUCCAUCUGCUGUCACGCCAGAAAGGGCUGCCAGCCUCACCCUUAAAUGCCACCUGAAGGAAAGAGGAGUCUGCCAACUUCCAAACAAAUAAAUUACGAAGACACAAACAGCCACAAUGCAGAGACUAUAAAUUAUGAGAGACUGGCACCUCCAGAGCAGGAUUUAUCCCACCUGUCUGAAACACCUGUCUUAAAUGGGCCAGAUCUGAGUCCCCAUUCCAAAUGGGCACUUUUGAAAACAUGGGAUCUUGAUGCAAGAGGCCAUGUAAGUGUGGAGGGGAAAUGCUUCUCUGAAGGAGUCAGUGCACUCUGCUGGGCUGGCCUCAAGCUGUACUGGUUAAGAGCUCUGCAGCUGCGAUGGCCGUUUCUGCUGUGCAUCACAUGCAUCUGGAGUCAAAACCAGUACAGAGAGGCAAAAAACCCCACCACGCUCAGGUGCAGACCCAGGCAGAGUCCAAAACCUCAGCUCCAAACAGGAGAACAAAUAGGAUCCAGUGCAAGAGCCUGCCCUGCUGCAGCCCCGCGAAGCCAGCAGUGCCGCCUGGAGGGCGAUGCUCCAGCCCAGGAGGUGGAGGUGGGGCCUGCACACAGUUCGAGAGUGGGAGAUGCUGAUGGGAACCAGCUAAGAGGAGGGUCAGAGCAUCUAACACAGACCUAAGGGACUUAGUAUGCGUGACGACUGGCUGCGUGGGCACUGCAAGCCUGCUUUUGAAGUCAUGCCCCCCUCCACCAUGCACUGAAACCUUCCACGAGUCCAAGGCAAGAGCAGCGGGCAGCACCCCAGGGAGGACUUCAUCUCCCCAACACACCCACCACUCUCCCACCCGAACAUUAUCAUCCAGGUACCCUGGACUAAAGGAAAUUUCAUCCUGAAUUAUUAUUUUCCCUCCUUCUCAAAGGCAGUUGCAGACUGAUAAACAUCCUCAGAAAAGAGAGUGGCAGGGGAUUAACUGAAGUCUUUUAACUUCAGGCUUUCAAACCUGCUCACAUGGCUCCCAAGGAGUUGAACAACGAUUGUUCUCUCCUUUGCUCAGACCUCAUGCAAAGUCAUUCUGCCAGGGGCACUGGGGGGGACAGCGGGAGAGCAACCUCAGCCCUGCAAAAACAGGACAUCCUAAUGAAGAUACUGAGAGAAGCGGACAUCAUCGCUGAGCGCUGCAAAGAGAAUCUACGGAACAUUUCUCUAACAGUUCAGUAAAAAUGUCAUCAGUAAAAGGAGGCUUUCAAGAAAGAAGUUACCUCCAAACACUCAGGGAGUGCAGCUGAGAGUUUCUGUUAUUUUCAUUUUGUUACAUAAAUCACCAUUAUUAUUUCUUACUUAUGAUGUUAAAAGAGCAGGAGGAUACUUGAAAUAAAAGGCUGUGCAUGCACAAUACCCACACAAAUGAAUUCCAGUGAUCCACCCCAGCACUGGAUAUGAUGCCCUUCCCUGGCCACUGAGCCCUCCCUUUAGGAGGAGUAGGGGAAUUUAUCACCAAAUAUACAGUAUAUUGUAAUGGAAUGAUACCAGGAAACAAUACUAAUUGGAGUCUGAA